AGGACCAGUUGCAGAGUUAUCAGCUUGUGGCUGCACCCGUGAACACCACCCUGGUCCGGAGGUCGCUGCGGACAGAAUUGCUGGCCUGAUCGAAGCUUUGGAACGAGCAGUCAAGAUGAGUGAUAAACCAGACUUAUCUGAAGUUGAAACAUUUGACAAAUCAAAGUUGAAGAAGACUAAUACCGAAGAAAAGAAUACUCUUCCUUCGAAGGAAACUAUCCAGCAGGAGAAAGAAUAUAAUCAAAGAUCAUAAAAUGAGAUUCUCCUCUCAAGAGCAACUUCAACUUUGCUGGAUAGUCUUGGAAUUAGACAUGUUUCUGUAAACCUAUCCAAUAUGUAGACAUUUUAGGCGGUUCCUGAUAGGUUCUUAAGUAACCUGGCUGAAAGGUCAGCAUUUAACACCAAUCAUUAAAUGUGUUUUCCACUGCUCACUGGUGUGUAACUUUCAUUGUCAGUACACUUGGGUGGGCCUUGGCCCAUGUGGGUUUUUCACUUGCUGCAAGGCAAGUGAAUUUUAACCUACACUGGGUGCCUCAUUUGUCAUCUUUGUGACAUUGUGUGCUUCUGCAGCUCCUUGGAUUUCUUUUCAUUUCUACUUUAACAUUAAAUUAAUUAUAGUCACAAGAA